AUGGAGUUGAAACCCCAUGUGGUAAUGGUUCCCUUACCAUUCCAAGGCCAUAUUAAACCCUUCCUUUGCUUAGCACAGCUCCUCAGCCAAACAGGCCUUUACAUUACCUUCGUCAACACUCGCUAUAACCAUAAGCGCUUCUCCAAUCUCUCAGCUCUCUCCCUCCAAUUCCCUAACCUCCAAUUCGAGUCUAUCUCCGAUGGCAUGCCUGACGAAGACGACCAGCCACGUUCCCUCACUUUUGAUUUCUUCUACGGCUUGAAGUACCAAUCUAGAGAACAUUUGAAAGAGCUUAUUGGUACCCUUAGCCGGAGGUCAGAGAAUGCUCAGUCGCCGCCGAUCACAUGUAUCAUCGGAGAUGGAAGUGUAUCUUUUCCGGUUGAUGUGGCGGAGGAGUUGGGAAUUCCUGUGAUUUCGUUUUGUUGUCAUAGUGCUCAUUACUUGUUGGCAAAUAUUUGUAUCCCUAAACUCAUUGAAGAUGGCCAGCUUCCUUAUCAUGAAGAGAAAGACACAAAUCAUAGAAUCAACAUUGAAGUGGCUGGACUAGAACUAGAAGGUCGUUUGAGGCUCAAAGAUCUACCAGACUUUUGCGUGUUAAAAGACGUUAAUGACCCUGCCUAUCAGUUCUUUGUCAACGAGGCUCUGGCCAUGACUCGAUCGUCAGGUGUUAUAUUCAACACCGCUGAUGAUCUUGAAGCUCCAUGCCUCCCCACCAUUGCAAACAUCUGUGGUCGAGCUUACACAAUCGGACCCCUCCAUGCACUUCUAAAUUCCCAAAUCGGACAUAAUCGCUCUCAGCUAACGGCAUCGCACGGCUCUCUUUGGAAAACCAAACAUGAUUGCAUGACGUGGCUUGAUUCUCAACCAUCUAGAUCUGUUCUCUACGUCAGCUUUGGAAGUCUUGUCAAAACGUCGUCGGCCCAGCUUUUAGAGAUUUGGAAUGGCUUGGUUGACAGUGGCUACUCUUUCCUGUGGGCUGUACGGCCGGAUAUGGUGGAUGAAGAAAAUGACAACGGCAUCGUUUCAUUCCCUAAGGUGCUUGAAAUCGGACCAAAAGAAAGGGGGUAUAUAGUGGAUUGGGCCCCACAAGAACGGGUCCUAGCCCACGAUGCUGUGGGUGGGUUUCUAACCCAUGGUGGUUGGAACUCGAUCUUGGAGAGUAUUUUGGCGGGAGUUCCUAUGAUUGGCUGGCCCAACUUAGGCGAUCAGAGGGUGGACCAUACAGAGAACAAUCAAGACAUUGAUGGAGGGAAGGGAGGAGUUUCAAAGGUCAGUGGAUAA